UCAGCGUUUGAUGGAACAGUACCGUGAACAUCUGUGAGCCGAGCAGCUGCAGUGUGAAGCCGGUGCGGCAGGCUCAGACGUAUACGAGCGGACAGCUGUCACGGUGGCUUUCACGUCAACCCCUCUCUGCCUUUGUUUGCUCGGGCAGUGUCAGGACGCCGCACAGUGUUUCCUGUCCACGAUUUAGUUUCUCAUUUACCUCAAUUGUAUUGAAUUUGUUCGACUGAGUCUUGUUUUGUUUCAGUGCAGGGAGGAGGAGGAGGAAGAGGAGGAGGAGGAGGCUGGACGAUUGCUGCGCUUCAUCAUUUUCAUGACUACAGUUGAAUGACGCGCCGACACCCGGCGACCUCCGUCAGACGCUAACAUGUGGAAGAGACGACGAGGAUGUUCCAUCGCGGAGGAGAAUUACACGUUUCUGCUGUGGCAGUGAGGAGGAAGAAGGAGACAAGAAAAGGAGAGGACAACCAGGACCAGGGGCGGACCAAAGGGGGCCAACAACUCACCAGGUAUGGCGGCGGUGUUGCCGAGGACCCUGGGUGAGCUGCAGCUCUACCGGAUCCUGCAGCGGGCAAACCUGCUCUACUACUACGAGGCCUUCAUCCAGCAGGGCGGCGAUGACGUGCAGCAGCUGUGCGAGGCCGGGGAGGAGGAGUUCCUGGAGAUCAUGGCCCUCGUCGGCAUGGCCAGCAAACCGCUGCACGUGCGUCGACUCCAGAAGGCGCUGCGCGACUGGGUCACCAACCCGGCGAUCUUCAACCAGCCGCUCACCUCGCUGCCCGUCUGCAGCAUCCCGGUCUACAAGCUGCCCGAGGGCUCGCCCACGCUGCUCAGCGCUCAGGACCGAGCCAACACGGCGAGCGUCAAGAUCCCCAAAGCCGUCGCGGCGACCUGCUCGGACCCGGGGAAGCUGGACGUGGCGCGGGACAAAGUGUCGGCAGGUUCGCCGCUGCAGGGAAGCAGCGAGGGUCGAUUCUGGUCGGGCCACAGCAACGACAGCGAGCACAGCCUGUCGCCCUCGGACCUGGGCUCGCCGUCCUCGCCCAGAGACGCUCUGGAGGCUCUGGACGCUGCGGCCGUCCAGUCAGUCCUGGAGUGUGUGGACAGAAUGGCACCCGGACUCCCUAAGACAGACCUGGCUGAGGUGAAAGAGCAACUGAAAAACAACAAAAAGCUCGCCAAGAUGAUCGGUCACAUCUUUGAAAUGAGCGACGACGACCCGCGGCGGGAGGAGGAGAUUCGUAAAUACAGCGCCAUCUAUGGACGCUUUGACUCCAAGCGGAGGGACGGCAAACACCUGACGCUGCACGAGCUCACGGUGAAUGAGGCGGCGGCUCAGCUCUGUAUGAGGGACAUGGCUCUGCUGACGCGCCGGGACGAGCUGUUCGGACUCGCUCGGCAGAUCUCCAGAGAGGUCACCUACAAAUAUACGUAUCGGACCAGCAAGUCUCGCUGUGGAGACCGGGAUGAGCCGUCCCCGAAAAGGAUAAAAACAGAGGAGAACUUCUUUGACAUCCAGGAGGCGCUGCAGGCCAUCCACAUGAGACAGGAGAUGCUGAGGGAGCAGCUGGCCUGCGCCAAGUUGAAAGGAGAGGAGAUGGUCGGGCGGAAUCUGCAGAUGCAGCUGGAGCGUCUGCUGGCGAGGCAGAUGGAGAUCCUGCAGGACGCCGCCGUUCAGGAGCGACUCCAGGCUCUGGACUGGAGGAUCCCGCCCGCCGCUUUGAAGUACCUCAACGACGCCCAGAACACUAACGGAGCCGCCGCCGACGCCAGCAGAGACAACCAAGACGAUCGUCCCAUCAACUUACGGGUGGUCAGUCAAAACAUGCAGGAGGGCGAGCUCCCGCUGGGCAAGCAGCUCGCCAAUGAGCUGAAGCGUCAUCACAACCACAACAACAACAACAACAACAACAACCACAACCAUAACAACCACAACCAUAACACAGAUGAGACCAAAACACCAGCAACAGAAAACGGGACAUCGCAGCGGGUUCCCAGUAACACAGAAAAGAAGACGAUCAAGUCAGAGCCCGAAGACUCCACAUAGUGCCUCCCCCCCCCACCACCACCACCACCACCACCACCACCACACCCAACCGGCCCGUUAUAACCCCCUCCCAGAUCAUUCUACUCACACUUGACAGUAUGCAGUUAUUACUCAUCAAUAGAUACUAAGCAAGCACAGCCACAGUAGAGCCUUAACAACCAAUGUUGCCUCAUGAAUAGCAUUUAGUUUUAUUUUGAUUUUGUCCUCUUUGGUUUUUUUUUUUUUUUUUAACAUUUGCCAAAGCACCUAGAGAGCACGUGGAGAAGCCCCUCACUGCUCAGCAGGUCUUUGUCUUUGUGGAUUAAUUGUACAUGUUAGACAUACAUGUCAUUUAAGAGCGAUCUGUUGCAGACAUGUGUUUACUCUUUACCUCUGCCUGGGUAUUUUCCUUUUUUAUUAUUUGGUCGAGGAAAGCCAGGUUGCAAGCAGGGACGUCGGGGCUGAGUCUUAAGUGUCGGUAUCACGUUAUACGACUCCCACAAAGUCCGUUUCACUGGCUUGUACUUUGAGAACUGAAGCUGCAGAUGUUGCCGAUAUUUAAUCCAACAUUUCAAGUGUUUCCUGCUGAUUUGGUUCCAGCUAUUUUAUGCCAAAUCUUUCAGUCCAAACAGAGAAGAAUAAUGAUACACAAUUUGAUGGAUUGCCAGUCAAUUUGGCACAGACGUUGAUAGUUUCCAUAAGAUGAGUACUAAAAAAUGAAGGUGAGCCAAUUAUAUCAUGGCAUCCAUGUUACUCUAAAGAGGAAUUAAUUAAUCUUUUGGCCAAUGCUAAUGUUUAUGACCAAAUCCUUGUCAAACUAAUAAGAAAAAUAGUGUACUUUGUAUUGAGUUUCUAUUGGAAACAGGGUUUUCACGCACAGCUGUUUGCGUGUUGGCAGCAAAUUUGAAGAUUAAUUUCACCAAAUCGCUGUCGCCAUGAAUUUUAGUGGUACAUUCAAGGUCCCAGUUUUAUGAGAUUAGAACCGUUGCUUUGUGUUCACAUCAUAGAACGUAUAAUUAUGAAAAAAUCAGUCAAAAGUAGCCAAUUUAAGAUGGAAGCAAUUACUUGUGAUCUAAUUUUGCGGUUAUGGCCACAAAUGUAAUUGUCAAGGAUGCAGUGGCUGCUUCAGUAACAGUCAGACGUUUAAAGGAAUACUUUAGCUUUGUGUUACUAGAAUGAAUAGAGGUAUGAUGUUUUUGAAAAACUCAGUUUCCUCUGAGUUGAGGCUAGAAACAGGACCAAGUGUCACUGGUGAGCACGUAACAAAGAAAAGAGUGAAGAUAUUUCUCAUCUCAGGGGAAACUGAGGUUUGGAAGCACAGUUUUUUUUGAAAAUACUACCUCUAUUCUAGUAACACAAAGCUAAAUGCAAAUCUGUGAAGUAUUCCUUUCAGCAGCUUUUGUCGUUAGCUUGUAUUUUCCACCACACGUCUACAAAUGGAACUUAGGCAUGUGUGUUUGUACUGUAACUAUAGUUCAUAAAGUACUGUACUGUAGGGAGAGUGUUAGGAUUCUAGGAUUCAGCCCCAAUAGUUUGUUUUCGAUUUUUUUUGUCAUUCGCUUCAAAUGGGGAAAAACGGGAGAAGGUGGGGGAUUAACCCCGCCCCCUCCUGACUCGUCUUGUGUAUAUUUAUGAGAGGUCAUUUAAAGAAGAGGAGCUGUUGUGGACCGAACGACUGAAAAAAAACAAAAAAAACAAACAACCCUCUCUUCACUCGUCUCGGUGCGAUCGCUGGGCUGGCAGGGGCCGGAGGAGGAGGAGGAGGAGGAGGAGGAGGCCGAGCUAAAUGGUUCAUUUCACUUUGUAAUUUAGCAAAACACUGAAUUUGAACCAAAACCUACUAUCUUCUACUAACAGGGAUUAUUUCAGGAAUAAAGACUCCUGUGUGUGUGUGUGUGUGUGUAUGUGUGUGUUUUUAGAAGUAAUCCGACAACAACCUUCAGGAGGGCCCCAAGGGUCGGAAAACAAAAAUCCCCUCAAUAUGAAAACUUUCACCUGAAGACAAUAAAAUACUAAACACGGCAGGUUUGUGGCAGAAAAGUCAAAAACUCCUCCUCGUUCAUUGCUGUGUUCGCGAGAGCAGCGAUCUGUGUUGUGUAAAUAGUACCACGAUAACAACAAUAGUGUUAGCCUAAUCCUUCAGCCAGGGUUUCCCUCCGUCCAGUGCAACUUUGCUGUAAAUCUUUUGGUGUCAAAAUACAAGUGUUUAUGUAUGUAGAGCAAAAAUCCUUAAAAACAAAAAAAGAACGAUACGUGUCACUGAUAUAUUUAAAAAGAAGAAAAAAAACCCCAUGCUUUACAUGAUGAUAAUGUUGGUUAACCUUAGCUCUUAACAGUUUUUAAUCCACCUGUGAUGGCCAUCAGUGCAUAUUUAAAAAAAAACAAGUGUUUUUUGCUGUUUAGCGGUAGAUGCAUAACAAAAAAGUGUUCACUGUGUUCUUGUGUGUGUGUUGCAGCAUUGUGUAAAUAUGUCUAUGAAGUCCAAACUGUUAAUACUGUCCAUACAACGUAGACUAACUCUCCCUCUCCCUGCAGAUAGUAUUAGUCACACUCAGCGUACGUAAAAAUGACAGACCAAUGCAAUAUUUAUGUAAGUAAUAAGUCAAGUUUUUCAUUCUCUAUGGAUCCAUUGUUUCCUUAUGUGCUCAGUAACUGUAACGUGUCUGUCAUUAGGGCGAGAAUAUUCACCUACAGUGUGGGGAAAUAUGUGCGUGUGUGUCGUCAUCAUUUUUCCGGGUUUUAAAGACAUUGUGCUCUUUUCACGCUGUGACGUUGUUUCACGCUAGAGAGGAUUCGAGGUAAAGAUCAUGAGGAAGAAAAAAAAAAAAAGAAGAAUCAAAUAUCUAGUUCACUAAAAACUCCAGGAGAUAAAGCCAUUGUGGUUUGGGACUGAAAAACAAAACAAAAUCAAUAGCCCGGUUGGCUGAAACACUGGCCCGAGAUGGUGUGUGACUGUGGCACGAUGUCUGCAGUCUCACUGAUCACCGUCCUCCUCCUCACUGUUUAUUGUAAAGUGAUUAGAUUAGGCUUCACCCUAGUUAUGCACCUGUUUUUUAAACACUAAUAUAUUUUAUUUGUUAUACACAUAAACAUUAAACUUUAUUUUUUUUUAAACUCUA